GCUCACCCCGCCGCCCCGCAGCCCACCGUGGUCGUGGAGCGUUGGUGGCAGGUGCCGCUCAGCAAGGAGGGCCGGGAGCCCCGUUUGCACCCGCGGCGCCACCGCAUCUACCGCCUGGUGGAGGACACCAAGCACCUGCCCAAGAAGGAGCUGGAGCUGAUCCUCACGCAGUCGGUGGAGAAUUUGGGAAACCGGGGAGACGUGGUCUUUGUGAAGAAGUCCCUGGGUCGCAACAAACUGCUGCCGCAGGGGCUGGCCGUUUACGCGUCGCCCGAGAACAGGAGGAUGUUUGAGGAGGAAAAGCAGCUGCGCCAGGAAGGGAAGCUGGAGGCCGUCCAAACACAGAGCGGCGAAAAGACCAUCCGGUUCCUCAGGAGCUGCCGCCUGGAGGUGGGAAUGAAGAACAACGUCAAGUGGGAGCUGAACAACGAAAUCGUGGCCCGCCACUUCUUCAAAAACCUGCGGGUCUUCGUGCCCCCCCACGUGCUGAAGCUGCCGGAGGAGCCCAUCACGAGGUGGGGCGAGUACUGGUGCGACGUGACGGUGAACGGGCUGGAGAGCGUCCGCGUGCCCAUGUCCGUGGUGCCCUUCAUGCGGCCCAAGACCAAGCGCUACAAGCACUGGCUGGCCCUGCAGGAGGCCCAGCUGGCGGCCAGCAAGGAGCAGCUGCUGUGAGC